AUGAUGAUGGAGUAUUCCAAGCAAGUUAAGGCAUUAGGGAUCGCUCUGUUUGAAUUGCUAUCAGAGGCGCUUGGUCUGAAACCCAACCAUCUUGUAAAUAUGGACCGCGCAAAAGGGCAUGCUCUUCUCAGUCACUACUAUCCAGCUUGCCCGGAGCCUGAUCUGACUAUGGGCACCACCAAGCAUUCUGACCCUGACUUUCUUACUAUCCUUCUCCAAGACCAUAUCGGUGGACUUCAAGUUUAUUAUCGAGAUCAAUCGGUUGAUGUUCUGCCUGUGGCUGGAGCUUUAGUUGUCAACAUUGGAGAUCUCCUUCAGUCAAGCUUUGACCCUGUUCCUACUUAUGUGUCAAAGGACAUUUUCAAAAGUGUUUGGCAUCGAGUGUUGGAAAACCGUGUUGGCCCUAGAUUAUCCGUGGCUUGCUAUUUCACUCUUCAUCUAUAUCCAACGACGAGAAUGUACGGCCCGAUAAAGGAAAUAUUGUUAGAAGACGGGACGCCGGCUUUGUAUCGGGAAACCUCCCUUUGCGAGUUCAUAACAUACAAUGACUCAAAAGGACUCGACGGUACUUCAGCUUUGACACAUUUCAGAAUGAAGGAGGAUGGAAUGAUUAGGACUGUACUGAUAUUUGAGGGCAUAGCUGUUGAUCGUUAUAUGCCUCUUUGUACACAAAUGUAUGUUGAUCGGUUCGUUAUGGCUGAUAUAACAAUAUCUUCUGCUGCAUCGAACACGGACACCAUUUAG